AUGAUGUAUGACGUCCUUUUGAAUCGACCCACUCCAAUCGAAGUCCAUGAUCCUCUCAAUCGCCGGAUUCUGACGGAUGAACAUGUGGCUGCUUCCCGCUUCUACUAUGGGCUUUCUUUGUCUGAAGAGGGACGAAGCAGCUUUGUGAGCCAUCAGGAGGCUGUUGCCAAGAUUGUGGACAUGGCAGCCGAGGAGUCGAGUCAAAAUGUGCUUGGUCAAGGCGGACCCGGCUCUGUUGCGAAUCCCCACAAGAUCUGCUGCCAUGACCGUGGAUAUGUCAUCAAUACCUUGACGAACUUCUCGUGCACUCCAGCCACAUGGAAUUUGCCGCAGACCCUGGUACUCUUGAGGCCAGAGACACAGGCAAUGUUCUUGGAGUGCGAAUUUGCCCGCGGAAGUACUUCCUGGAGCAUCAGCUUUCACACAUUUUUGAAUGAAGAGUUCAACAAACCGGGAAAGUUUGCUUGGAUGGUCUACAAAGGCUUCACAGCGAGCGACAUUCAACUAGCCAUUGGGAUCUCAUCCUCGGAGACGCUGGGCAAUCGCGCAGGUUUGCACCCCAUUGUCCUAAGGUUUACUCACAAUGCAUCUCCUCAUCAGUACGUGAUCAAGUCAAAGCCAUUGGAAUGCUUCAAAUGGGUACAUGUGUGUGUGAGCGUGGACCAUUUUGUGCUGAGUUUGACGGUGAACGGGGAGCUCACCUGGGCAGAAGAAAUCAUUGCAGAGAUUCCCUUGAUGUGUUCCUUUGGCACCGCUGAUCUUUGUAUUGGCUGCCCCGGUUGGGAGUUUGACCGGGCAGAGAAUCCACAUGCCUGGGUCUACUGUGUGAACAUCUAUGGUUUCAAGUCCUUGGAACCUAACGAAGCACUCUUCGACAAGCGCCGCGAAGAGCUGAUGGCCUGGCGCUCCACGCAUGAGGAGUUCGAUGAAUCCGAGCUCGGGAGAUCGGGCAUUGAUCAACUGCCAAAUCCGCUGACCAUGCCAGCAACUCUUCGGGCCAUUUUCGACACUCGACAGGUGGUGGCAGCAAGACAAGGGGUUGAAGUCCUUUGCGAGCUCCUCUCGGGAGGCUCAGAGAGUCAGCGAAGAAGUGCCAUUUUUGCCCUCCGCAACCUGGCCGAUCCCGCCGUCACCAGCGGACUGCGCCGUGUGGUUCAGAUGCUCAUGGCAGAAUCUGCUCCUGGCAAAGGACGUCGCUUUGAGUCCGUGUACAAGCUACUUCAGACAUGUCAAGAGGCUACCACUUUUGCUGCUGCAGCUGAAUUGGUCAUGAAUAUCCUGAACUGGGAGCCUCCCUUUGGUGAGAAAGGGGUUGAGGAUUCGGUUCGCUUGGAGCUGAUCAAGCACCUCCUUGCUCCGCCGAUUGAUCCACUGGAAGGCGGAGUCGACCAAGCUCGCUUGGAAGACCGAGCGCCUCAUGUCACUCAGGGACUCAUGACAGUGGUGGAGCAUCGCCGGAACGUGGAGCUCAUGGCAGAGCCAGAGGUGAAUGCAGUGGACACAUUCUUCAAGUAUUUGGCCUGUUCGCAACCUCUGACUGUGACCAGAACCCUGGAGCUGCUGGUGCGCCUGGUGUCCCGUUCCACCAGUGAGAUCCGAAAGACCUGGGCCGAAGACAUGUGUCAGUCACAUCAUUUCAAGCGACUCAUGGAGAUGGUCAUGCAGCAAGGUGACAAGCGAAUCAAAGGCCUUUAUGAGACCUUGUUGAUGUUUGUGCUGAAGCAAUGUGAUCAGACGCAGCUCAUGGAGACCGUCACCUCAUAUUCGCCUGAGGACAUCACAGCGGAGGAGCGCUUCUACAUUGGCAAAAUCCUCUAUGGAUGCUUGUCCUCCGUGAAAUCAUUCGAAGAGACUCGGCCCUUGCUGGCUCCGCGGCUAGCAGAUGCAAUGUUGCCUGAACACGCUCAAGGAGUCAGCCGUAUCAAGAAGCUUCAAAUUCAAGGAGCGCCCGGAAUCGCUGUGGAAUGUGUGCCUUUGCCUCCAAGCGUGGGGAAUGUCCGCACACAAGUGAAGUUGUGGCUGCCUGACAAAGAACAACCCUAUCCUGUAUGCACCAAUCCAAAUGAGAUUUAUAUUUGGAUCUCGCACAGUGAGUCAGAGCUUGAUCAGCCAGUGGAGCGUCGUGAGGUGCCUCCGUGUGUGGUGAUCCUGUGCCACACCAAGCCGAUGCCGCAGCGCGGGGAGGAGGUCCGAGACGAGGAGGCGCUUCAACGGUAUGAAGGCACAGCGGCCGAGAAGAUUCUAUGUAAGAGUUUGGACUUUGCAGAUUCCGUUUAUUACCAGGUGCAGUUCAUGAGCGGCCGUGCCAUUCAGCCCUUUGUGGAACAAGAAGAUGCAGAACUUCUUCAGGAUGAGCCACCACGAGUCACACUGAAGUUGCUUUGCACCAACAUGGUGAUCAGAGAUAUGGUGGAACAAAAGGUUAAGCAGAAUUGUAACACAGCCUUCGCCAUCAUACCAAACCGAAGCUUGUCGGUGGCGGAGUUCAUUUUCAAGCAGGUGGAGGACAUUGAGGAAGAGCUCUUGCAAGAGCUGGCACAGUCGAAGGGCGAGGACGCCAGCGCAGAAGGCAAUCCUGAGGGCACUGAAGGCGACCGUUUGCCAGAGGAGAUGGUGCUUCUUCAGCAAGACCCCUCGCGUGCAGUGGUGUACCAACAAGAUGUGCUGCGCUGGGCCAGGGCCACGCGCAUCGCUGGAAAGCACCUCGACUCCAUUGGCGAUGGUUCGGUGGUGAACGGAGGCCAGGACAUCGACGCCUCGAAGGACGAUUCGGCGGAGGCCGCGGCGGCGGCCGCCUUGCGUGCCUCGAGCUCCUAUGGCCGCACCGCGGAGCGCUUGCGCCCCAUCCAGAGAUUCUUCGCGUUGUGCGUGGUGGCCAUGACCAAGGCCUCCUUGUCGCGGAUGAGUGACAAUCGCGAGCGGCUGAUUGAACUCAUGGAUUCCCUGGACUCCUAUACGGCACAGGCGAUUUGUGAAGCCAUCCUGGAGCUGUUGACCUUGCCCAAGAAUAUCGGCCUGUUCUCCAAGAGUAGUAUUGACAAGACCUUGAUGAGUAUGGAGCAGACUUUCCAGCAGCCUGAGUCAGCAGAAAGAUCCUUGAUUGCCUUUGCAGACAUUCUUUGGAAGUACUUGAAGCCAGAUUCUCGCAAUGCAGAGGAGGGUUUGAAGGCAGAGUUCAAAAGCAAGCUUUGUUUGCACUUUAAACUUCGGACUUUAGACUUUUUGGGCAUUGAUUUGGUAGGUCUUAGAUACUAG